AUGUGUUCAGGAGUGAGAUCUUCAAUUCUUUAUAUAAUGGAUUUGAAUGGGCUCAGAUACGAUAAACGUUUGUUCUCGUUGAUAACCGGUGCCCUGGCGGGUAUUUCUCAGUUCAUGAGUGAAAAUUACGUCGAACUGAUUCAUUCAUUCGUGCUCGUCAAUGCACCAUCGUUCAUCACAGCAAUUUGGUCGGUCGCAAAACCUUUAUUGCCCGAACGAACGCGUAAUAAGGUGCAAAUUUUCGGAGCCGGUUGGCGAAACGAAAUCCUCAAUUUAGCCGUUCCAGACGUGCUGCCAGCCUUCUGGAAUAACGACGAAAUUGAUGUCUUCAAAGCGGACAUUGAGCGUUCGGCGGCACUCGACCCAGUGAAUUACUUCAAGACUGAUUCCUUUAAACAUUCUGAUAUGAUCACUAUUGCGGCUGGCCAAUCUGAUUGCAUUGAUAUCAGCGCACAAAAG